GAGAGAGAGAGAGAGAGAGAGAGAGAGAGAGAGAGAGGAAGGUAGAGAGAGGUAGAGCGAAAGCGAGUCGCAGAGAGGCAAGUCGCGCGGCAAGAACGCCGACGACCGGUCGAAGCAGCGCGAGAAUAUGCGCGAGAGGCGAGCCUAAACGCGAAUCAUGGAGGACGCAGCAGCAACAGCAGCAGCGCAGGAUGCCUGCUUCGGAGCAGGCAGCGUGGCUGGAGCCGUGAUCGGGACCUUUCUGACGACGCUCGUUCUGCUCGCGGUCGCGACGCUUCUCUACAGGCAGUGGCGCAGGCAUAAGGGUAAGCACCUGGUGCUGGUGACGGACCCUGAGAUCGUCGAGGACGCGUACGCCUUCGACAAUCCUUGCUUCAAGGAUGCCACGCCUGCGGUCGGCCGCGUCACGGAGAGGCCGCUGUCGGCUGUGCCCGGCGACACACCCGCCAAAGAUUCCACGCGAUGGUCCACACCCUGGACCUCCCUGGGCCUCGGCUCGGCCAUCCGCAGCGACAAGCGCCGGACCCUCGACGACUCCUGCGUCGGACCCAAGGCCACCAGGGUCAGCGUAGUCAGUCUGCGUAGCCGUGACUUCACCGGACUGGGCUUUAACGUGUGCGGUAACAUGAGGGAAGGCAUCUUCGUCAAGGACCUGCUGCAUCGCGGCCCCGCCUCCGAAUCUGGACUGAUACAUCCUGGUGACCGCAUCUCCAGCGUAAAGAUCAGCUUUCGCAACAUGGUGUACGAGGACGCGCUGACGAUCCUGAGUUACGCCUCGCCGUACGACGUGGAACUGGAAGUGGAGAGCGGCGGUAACGGCUCGAAGCCGACGACGUUGCUGAAGAAGAGCAUCGGUCCUAGCUCGACGAGGAUAUGCCACCCUCUCUACAGGAGCCAAUCGAUCCCGGAGCUGUCGCAGGGCCACAAGAACGUGGCGAAGCGGCUCUUCAUGGCCGACCCGAACGACUCCGUGGGCUCCAAUUACUCGACGAUGAACUCGACCCAGAAAUCAAGCAAGUCGCCCGUCGCGACCGGCCAGAGCCUCGAAAGGCGUCAUGACGAGACGAAGAACAAUCAUCACAAGUUCGGCAUCAAGGUGCUGCCGGCGCUCGAUGGCACCGUGCACCGUAUCGAGAACCAGAACGAGCACAACACGAACCUAGAGAGAAGACACUCGCGAAAGAUGGACGCGGAGAAGCUGCUGGUGGCGAAUCGUCAGUCCUCAUCGAGCGACACGCCGUCGGAUGACAGGAAGGUUUACAGCGAGCGUUAUCAGCAACGCGACGAUUCGGCCUCCACAAGGAUCACCGUUGACUCGCGAAGCGUCGACGACUUGGACAAAAGUACGAUCGGCAAAAGCGCAAGCGAGACGAUCAACAUACCGUCCGAGGUGCCGGCGGAGGUGCACAACGCGGCCAUGGCAGCGCGCAGAAAUCGCAAAAGCUACCCGGAGACGCUGAAGACAAGCUCUCUGGAAUCGGAGGGCGGCAAGAGUCCGCAGAAGAACAAGCGGAAGGCACCCGCGCCGCCGAAGAACACCGUAGAUGCCGCGGUCGCGCCGGCCACGAAGAAGGACGCGAUGAUCGACACCAUCGAUAGCAUCGCCGAUUACACGGAGUCCUUGUGUAACUACGUGAACAAGGUGCGCGACAACCACGCGGCCGAGCGGCAACACCGUCUGGAGAGCCAGUCGAUGGCGAAUAGACGAAACUCCGAGUCUGACACCGACAGCGAGAUGCAGAACAGCUUCACGACGAUCGAGCUGAACCCGGCGGACAUUACGAUCCAUCGCACGCCGGUGCCGGAGGCAAACGACGACGAGGAGGACGAAGACGACAUGUACAGGAAAGCGGCCAGCUUGGGCGACCUCUCAAAAUACGAAAGCAAAGCCGCCGCGACCUUGGAGAGGGCGCAGAGCCUCGACAUGACCGCCGCUGACACCGGCGCGAAGAAGCGCAAAGCGCCAUUGCCGCCGGAAGACAUUAACGAGUCCACAGAGGACCUCAGCAGACUCGAUCAGAUCGAUACGUUUGACCGGCGGAAGCUGAAGAAGUCCAACGAGUGGGGCACUCUGGAGGACGUAAUUUGGAGCGAGGAUAGCACCGUGAGCGCCGAGGCGGAUGAAAAGGCGAAGAAGACGCGGAUGAGGAAGAAGAGCAACGGCACCCUGGAGCGUUCCAAGUCCGCGGUGGAGAUCAAGCUGAAGGAUGAAGUCGCUACGGCGACGGUAGCGGCCGAAAGACAGCCCGACGACGGCGGCGACGAUGACUCGUCAGAACACGAGACCAGCAUCGAGCUGUACAAUCUGCCGUUGAGCAAGCGACUGACCCAGGAGUUUAUUCAUGCCGAACGGACGUUCAAUCCGGACGCGGACAACUCUCUGGCGAGAAUCGUAAACGACGGCAAGGUCGUGAAGAGCCCAACGCUGGAGGAGAUGGACUUGGAUUUUCAGUUGGCCAAGGACAAAUGCGGGGAGGAGGUCGGGAACGGAGCAGCGGAGAGCGGUGUGUCGGAUAAGUCGGAGGACUUUAGCCGUGCGUUGCGCUACUUCGAGAUGCACGCGAGCGCGUCUCCGACGCCGCCGUCCUCGGUGAGAGUCAGCUUAUCGCGAUCGGACGACUGGAAGGAAGAGAAAACGGUGAAUGACGCGUCGCUCUACUCGAGUAGGCAACCGGUGACGGAAGAGCCUGUGUCAAAGGUCACCGUAGACCGGGGUUGCCGGGGCUGUCACGACAGCUGUGCCCGCCAAAGCGUUGACUGCGACCGCGAGAAGGUCAACGGACAACGUCGCGCGACUCCUACGCGGAUAUCGUCGCCAGGCGGCACGGACGCAUCGACCGCGAAGGAAAACUCGGACAAAGAGACAGAGCGGAUAUCUACGCCGACGUACCUGCGAGUUCACGUGUCUUCGAGACCGGAGGGGAUUAGCAGAUUCCGGUCGAGGGAGGACUCGUGGGAAGAAAACACCGAUAGUGGCAAGAACGGAGGCGCCUUCUCGACGUUCCAAGCACACCGAACCAAGUUCGAGCAGCGGACUGCGGAGCAGCACGAUAGGAGCUUGACUACGAAGUCUAAGUCGCCGAGCGAUGGAACGUUCGACAUGCACUUUGCCCGACGCGUGCUCAACAUCCAGGAGAAUGAGAGCGGCAAUCGCGACGGGAACGAGGACGAUGUAGUGGAGGAUGAGGACGAGUACGAGUUCGGCGGAGACACGGGGCUGAGGACGAACAAUAGGGGCUUGUUCUCGUCGAAGGAAGAGGACCGUCGCAACGCCAGCAACGUCAGCAACGUCAGCGUGUCGAGCGGGGAAAACAGCGAGGACAGCGGCUUGGUGAGGGAAUCGAUGGACUAUCAUCCACGAGACUCAGGCUGCUCGCCUUCGUCAUCGCCGAACGCCGUUCAGAAAGCGACUUACAUCACGGAGAUCAAGGUGUCGUCCAACAGGGAAAGCGCUCGCGAGGUCGACAACGAGAACCAGGACGCGACCAUCGGCGGCAACGCCAUCAGCAGCGCUGUGGAGAGCAACGGCGGCGAGCCGCGGAAGUCGUUGGUGCAACGAGACGUCAAGGUCACGUCCAACGGUAAACCUACGUCCGGCAAGAAGCCGCCGGUGCCGCCGAGACGAUCAGACAUCGCCAAGAGCCCGAGAGACGAGCGACUCAGCGACAAGCAGGUCGUUUACGUGUCCGAAUAUAAGUCCGCGAACGCGCUCAAGGGCCCACAGAUAUUGGACGCGCAACCGGCGGAGAAGCAGCCGGACAGCGCCGGCAAAAAGUUCGAGCAUUGGAUCUUCGUGGCCGACAAAGAGCAAGGUCGCUGGAGCGCCGCCGCCGGCCAAUCGCAGCCCGUGACGAACAUCGUCCUGUCGUCGAGGGACGAUGCGAAAUAGCACUCGUGUGUCGACUCAAAGUCACGUCAUUCAGAGGAACAUUGUCAGCAUGAUUAACGUUGUCGGUUGUUAAAGGUGUUGUUGACGUCGUUGAACAACAUUGUUAACACGACAGCCUCUCCUCCGGGACCUUGAACUCAUGGGCCGGCACUGUCAUAUCGAUUUUUUAAAAGGGUGCCGUCCUUAAAGAGCUCUCUCGUCAGUCUGAUUGCAACGUUACGAAGUCCAUUUGUUGACACUCUGACUAUCACGGACAUGCGACCGGCGCCACGAUAGCGCCGCGACUCACCAACUCUCGUGUCAAACGUGAUCGACUGCAUGCACCGAAAGAAACAAUCGAGGAACGAAUUGGAAGAACGAAAUUACACGUAACAAGUCGGACGAUCAGAGACACGUAGUCCACAGGUAGCCGAGUCAUAUAUGCAUCAUGAAGUGCAUUUGUUCACCGUACCUUUGAUGAACUUAAGUCGACCAGUUGAAGAAGUGUGAUCGUUGCAGAUCAGCAUGGAAGUCAACGUGUAGAACAAUGUCACAUCUGGAGACGUGUGCUGGCUGAGUUGAUCGAAAACGGAAGCACAACACGAGUCUGCCUCAGGAGUUUCACCGAGUCGUCUCUUGCAAGAGGUGCCUGGAGAAUCGAUCAAAGCGCGUUACCGUAGUAUCGUUCUACCUCGUGAGCAUCGCGUCGAUCAUCGUCACUUAGGAACUCACGCACUUUUGACACACUUCCCAGGCAGCACAAAGCUUCCAAAGGUUGUUGCUUUAACCCGUAACUGCUGUGAAGCCAUUUGAAGUACGCGCACACGGUUCACCGGUCAAAUUGACCGGUAGGAAACGGAAUUGAUGAAUAUCUUGACAAAUAA